AUGCCUCGAGACAGCGGGGGCGGCCCACCCCUCGUAACUGUCGCGUUAACCCGCCGGCGGACCCUGAAAACGCGGCAAUUUUCGCCGGCCGGCUCACCUCGGCCCCUGGCGCCGCGCCGCUUUGACGGCUUAAUCAGGGUCCGCGCUGGGGCGUCCGCCCCCGGCAGCGGCCCUGGGGGCGGGAUAAAACGCGGCUCCCUGCCCCGGCACAGAUUAGAUCGGCCGCAGUGUUGUGCUGCCCGCGCCGCCCCUUAUAGAGUGCGGCCAGCAGCAGCAGGGACACGCCACGCCUCUGUGCUGCCGCGGAUGCAACUGCUGGCAAACAUCGUCGUUGAACGUAGCACAGCGGAAGAGGUCCUGCGGCGGGACAAAAAGCGGUCCCGCCUGGCAGCGCGCGGUCCGCCGGCGCCGCCCACACAGGGCGGCGCGGCUGUUUGCGGAGCGCCGCCUGUGAAGUGCUUUCGGCUGGUGUCGGCUGCUGUGGUCGCCGGGACUGGUGUUGGCGCAGGGCGGCGGGCAAACUGCGGCCGCGAUUCGAUUGCGGGAGGCGGCGCUGGAGGCGGCGGGGGCGGAGGCGGCGGAGCCGGCAGAGGCGCGCAGGGGCCAGGCCGCGUGUUGACACGAGCCGCGCCUAAUGAUGGCGGCGCUUUGAUGUGCCUACACCCCGCAGGCCGCCGCGGGCAAACGGAAGUUGUCGCUGCAGGCACACAGAGGCCCGCGCCGGGGCCGUUCGCUCUGCCAGAAGACCCCGGUAGCCCGGGGGCGCCGGCUGCCGACGGUGCGGCGUUCGCCUUCCGGUCUGCGGCUGCCACCAGACGCUGGUUCCAUCUGAAACAUUUUCACCGCAAAUUUUUCGAAGCUGGCGCACCAAAAGGAAUCUUAUGUGCCCGAAAUGGGUAG